GAGGUAUCGUAAAUUUCUAUGCUUAUUUACAUUCUUCUUCUGUCGGUUCUUCCCCCUCUUUGUUUCGUAUGAUCCCCGCCAUCCUAUGUGAUUCUACUUCUUCUUCUACAAGCAUCAAUCACAAUUCUCUGUAAUUUCACGGCGGAGAUCCAAUUUCAACGUUACACUAGCGGCCGUCGGAAGGUAGGGCCGGUCGAACCUUUUUACAGACGGCUCAAUCUUAUCCACCAUGAAUACCGAGUACGAUUAUUUGUUCAAGCUUUUGCUGAUUGGAGAUUCAGGAGUUGGCAAAUCAUGUCUUCUGCUCAGAUUUGCUGAUGACUCAUAUCUUGACAGUUAUAUCAGCACAAUCGGUGUUGACUUUAAAAUCCGCACUGUGGAUCAAGAUGGAAAGACCAUUAAGCUUCAAAUUUGGGACACUGCUGGACAGGAAAGGUUUAGGACCAUUACUAGCAGCUACUAUCGUGGGGCCCACGGCAUUAUCAUAGUCUAUGAUGUUACUGACCUAGAAAGUUUCAACAAUGUGAAACAAUGGUUGAGUGAAAUUGAUCGCUAUGCAAGUGAAAAUGUAAACAAACUUCUAGUUGGUAACAAAUGUGAUCUUGCUGAAAGUAGGGCUGUUUCAUUUGAUACUGCAAAGGAAUUUGCGGAUGGAAUUGGCAUUCCAUUUAUGGAAACUAGUGCCAAAGAUGCCACCAAUGUGGAGCAAGCUUUCAUGGCUAUGUCUGCUGAUAUCAAGAACAGGAUGGCAAGUUAUUCAUUCAUCACCAAUUCAUUUCCAGUUACAAUCUGUUUGCAACCAUAAAUCCAUUUCUGUUUGAAUUUUGGCAGACUUAUAAAUAGUAUUUUUUGAAUAAGAUACCAAUUGGGUAGUCUCUGUUUUAUUUUAUAAUUUCCUUGUGAUAAUGGUUUA